UGGCAAUCCAAUCUUCACUCGCAAUCUCUUGCCUUUUGUGGUUACUUCAAUUUUUUUUUUGACAAAUUCUCGAAAAUCAUGUCUGGCCGUGGUAAAGGUGGUAAAGGUCUCGGAAAAGGUGGCGCCAAACGUCAUCGUAAAGUUCUCCGUGAUAACAUCCAAGGUAUCACCAAACCAGCUAUUCGUCGUUUGGCUCGUCGUGGUGGUGUAAAACGUAUUUCCGGCUUGAUCUACGAAGAAACUCGUGGCGUAUUGAAAGUAUUCUUGGAAAAUGUUAUCCGUGAUGCUGUUACAUAUACUGAACACGCUAAACGUAAAACGGUAACCGCUAUGGAUGUUGUAUAUGCACUCAAACGACAAGGCCGUACAUUAUAUGGUUUUGGUGGUUAAUCAUCCCAAUCAAUCAAUCGAUCGAUCGAUGCCAAAUAUGAAAUAAUCUACACCAUAGACAACAUGUAAACAUUUUUUCAUUUUCUAUUUGUUUUAGCAAUUAUGGAAACAAACAAAUUGACCAAAUUGAUUUAUAUUAAUUAAUAAUUCAUUACUUUGUAAAUAAAAUUGAUUUUGAGUUAAAACUGCUCCAACAAAUUCGAAAAAAGUUAUUUCA